UCCGGCUUUCCUCCCGCUGUUACCGCGGCAACUCAAGGGGAGAGCCUCGCGAGACGUUGGAGACCGGCGCGCGGCGGAGGAGCAGGACGAGAGCUGCCUAGCGAAUGGGGUGAGAGCGAAUGGGGUCACGUGACGGAGCACGCGGCGAGUGCGGCUUUGAGGCUCUGAAAUCCUGGUAUGUCUGAUGAAAUAUGCCCCAAAUAAAAUUAAAUGGCAUCACUGUGGACUUUCCAUUUCAACCUUACAAAUGUCAGGAAGAAUACAUGUCUAAAGUGUUGGAGUGCCUGCAAAAGCAAGUGAAUGGGAUUUUGGAGAGUCCCACAGGCACGGGGAAGACACUAUGCCUCCUGUGUUCAACUCUAGCUUGGCGGGACCACUUCAAAGAUGCCAUCUCUGCACAGAAGAUCACCCAGCGACUGAAUGGAGGAGAACUCUUUGCUGACCGACCAAUGUCAUCUUGGGGCAAUGCUACUGCUGGUGCUGAUAUUCCAGCUUAUUACACUGACAUUCCUAAAAUAAUAUAUGCCUCCAGAACUCAUUCUCAGCUUACUCAGGUCAUCAGUGAAUUAAAGAACACAGUUUACAGGCCAAAGGUAUGUGUUUUGGGUUCCAGAGAGCAGCUCUGCAUCCACCCUGAAGUUAAAAGACAGGAAAGUAACCAUAUGCAGAUCCACAUGUGCCGUAUGAAGGUAACAACUCGCACGUGUCAUUUCUAUAACAACGUGGAAGAGAAGAGCACUGAGAAAGAUCUGAUCAACUCCAUCUUGGAUAUUGAAGACCUGGUUAAAAAUGGAAACAAGCACAGAGUUUGCCCUUAUUAUCUCUCUCGGAGUUUGAAGCAGCAAGCAGACAUCAUUUUUAUGCCUUAUAACUAUUUACUGGACUCAAAGAGUCGAAGAGCUCACAACUUGGACUUGAAGGGGACUGUAGUAAUACUUGAUGAAGCUCACAAUGUGGAGAGGCUAUGUGAAGAAUUGGCUUCAUUUGACUUGACUCCAUAUGACUUAGCUUCAGCUGUGGAUGCCAUCAACAUAGUUUUGGAAGAACAAGCCAAAAAAGUCCAACAGAAUGAAAUCUACUCUGAAUUCAGUGUGGAGCAUGCCAACUCAGGAUUAAACAUGGAGCUUGAAGACAUAGCAAAGAUAAAGCAGAUACUUCUUCAGCUGGAAAACGCUAUAGAUGCUGUAGAGCUACCAUCAAGUGAAAGUGGGCUCACUAACGAUGGAAGCUACAUAUUUAACUUGUUUGCAAAGGCCCAAAUCACAUUCCAAACCCGGACUUCUCUCCUUGAGUCAUUGGAACAAAUUCUACAGUAUUUAGCAGGCCGUACUGGGAUGUUCACCAACACAGCUGGGUUGCAUAAAUUUGCAGACAUAAUCCAGACUGUUUUUAACUAUGGUCCACCAGAAGCCACAUCUAGCUGGACCCCGGACUGCUCAGUGUCAAAGUAUUUUAAGGUCCACAUCUAUCCAGACGCAAGUAAUCAGAAAAAGAAGCAGAGGACAGACCUGUGGAAUUCAUCAGUAACUAAAAAACAAGGAAAGGUCUUGAGCUAUUGGUGUUUCAGCCCUGGAUACAGCAUGCACGAGUUGGUUCGUCAGGGAGUCCGGACAAUCAUUCUCACUAGCGGGACACUCUCUCCGGUUUCUUCUUUUACUAUGGAAAUGCAGAUACCUUUCCAAGUGUGUUUAGAAAACCCACAUGUUAUCGAUAAACACCAGAUUUGGGUGGGGAUAAUUCCCAAAGGACCUGAUGGAGGUCUGCUGAGCUCCAACUAUGAAAAAAGGUUUUCAACAGAAUGUCUGUCUUCUCUUGGGAAAACAAUAGGUAAUCUUGUUCGAAUCAUACCACAUGGACUGCUUGUAUUCUUCCCUUCAUAUCCUGUCAUGGAUAAAAGCCUGGAAUACUGGAGAGAGCAUAAUUUUGCUGGAAAAAUAGAAGCAAUAAAGCCAAUGUUUGUGGAACCAAGAAACAAAGGAAUUUUCACAGAGGUCAUAGAUGCCUAUUAUGAAAAGAUUGUCUGUCCAAACUCUAACGGUGCUAUUUUCUUGGCUGUGUGUCGAGGGAAGGCCAGUGAAGGUUUGGACUUUGCUGAUAGGAAUGGACGAGGUGUCAUCGUAACAGGCCUUCCUUUUCCCCCUCAUAAGGACCCGAGGGUCAUGUUAAAGAUGAAGUUUUUGGAUGAGAUGAGGGCAAAAGGUGGUGCUGGUGGACAGUAUUUAUCUGGGAGCAGCUGGUACAGACAGCAGGCUUCUCGUGCAGUGAAUCAGGCCAUUGGUAGAGUCAUCCGCCACCGACAGGACUACGGCGCCAUCUUCCUCUGUGACCACAGGUUCAUGAAUACAGAUGCAAGAGCCCAACUGCCUUCCUGGGUCCGUCCUCACAUCAAGAUUUAUGAAAAUUUUGGGCAUGCAGUCAGAGACGUGUCUCAGUUCUUCCGUUUUGCACAAAAAAGUAUGCCCCCACCCCCACCUCGUGUUCCUUCUUGCACCACCACUGGAGAAGGUAGCUCCACACCUUCUGCUUCAAGUGAGCAGUUCCUUUCCGUGACAAAAGCCAGCAAUUUGGAUGACCAUGUUCCAAGUUUGAAAAGAAAGAGCAUUGACAACAGAGUGGCCAACCUGUGUGUAGAGUAUGAACAAGGUCCAAGUUCCUCAAGGAAACAGCCUGGUGGCCUCCUAGCUGCACUGGAGUGCAAUGAGAAGACUGGCAGAGAGGCAGGCGAGGAAGACAGCUUGCCAGGAGAAGAAAAGGCAAAACGUUUGUCAACUCUCUCCCUUCAAUAUGAGAAGAAGCUCACGGAUGAGCAGAAAGGUGGCAGGAAGAAAAUCAAGAUAGUCAGCAAUCUGCAGUCUGGUGCAGUACCGGACUCCUCUGAACCCAAACAAGCUCGGGCUGCAGCUUUCAUUGCAACAGUGAAACAAUCCCUGAGCCAGCUGAACGUUGACAUAUUCUUACGGGCUCUCCAGCAGUACAAGAACACAAAUGACUUCGAUACUAUGUUGUCUCAGAUGAGUGCACUUUUCAUGGAAGACCAGAAAAAGCAUGUUCUAUUGCGAGAGUUUUACCAGUUUGUUCGGCCGAAACACAAAAAGCAAUUUGACAAAGCUUGUUGUUGCCUGACUGGAGUGGGCUGCGGCUACAAACCUGAGCACAGCCUGCUGCGAGAGGAGAGGCUGCUGCUGGCCAAACACACAGAGAAAGAAUGUGAGAAGAAAACCACGUUUUCAGAAGGUUCAGCUGGGCAGCUCAACUCUGAGCAGCAUUUGAAUAGAGGAGGAUCCCACCUAACUUCCAGGUCAGACGUCACAGGAGGAAACAGUGCCUUUGUGCCUGAUGUCCCCUCCGAAAUAUUGUCCAGCUCUGUAAAGGAGAGCCACAACCAGAUAAUCCGAUCAGCCUACCUGAGCGACCUCAAAAUGGCUCUGGACAAAAGCAGCUUCAGCCGUUUCUUUUCAGCACUGUCAGCAUAUAAGAAGACUGAUGACUAUGAUACCAUGGUGUCUGUGGUUGCAGCCCUCACCACAGAGAAGCCAGAACAUUUUCAUCUGCUGCAAAGAUUCUCCAUGUUUGUGCGCCCCCAUCAUAAAGAGCGAUUCAGACAGGUGUGUAAAGAGCUGGCUGGAAUGAGUUGCCCUGAGGAAAGUGAGGAGGUUCCGUUACCAGGAGAGGAGGAGUGCUCCCUUGGUUUGAGGGGCUCAUGCCGCACUGUGGAAGAGAGCAAAAUUCAGGAUAAAGCUGCCAGCCCAACCCCAGGAUCCUCCAAGAGCGAAAUGCUAGAGAAGAUCCAAAGCACAGCCACCUCUGUAAGUAAUCUGGAAUCACCGAAGUCCAAGGGUUCAAGCAAUAUGCGAGCACCCAUGAAUUCUGAUAGCCUGCCCAUCUCAUCAGUAACUGGAGGAUUCCAGUGUUGGAAAUGCAAAUCUGAGCAUGGUGUGCCUUUUAAAUGCCAGCUGUGUGCCUUCACUUGUUGCAAAGCAUGCUGGGAGAGUCUCUUAAAGGUUGCCAAGAAGUGUCCAGGAUGCCAAGCUAAUACCAAGAAGAGGCAUUUAUCUGUGUCUUAUUGGCCAGAUCCCCAGUGAGAGCGAUGUACAGUGACAGCAUUCACUGCUUAACCAGGCAAAAACAGCCCAGGACCAUGGAAAGGAAGCAAAGUACACUUAAAGCUGCUUUUUGUUCUCUAGGCUGAUUUUGCCUCCUCAUGGUGCCAUCCUCUGUGCUAAAGUUCAUCCAUCAGAAGAGAUCUUCACUUUGCAGCAGGAGAUGUUAGAAGCAGCAUGGCCUUCAGGAUGACAAAUUACAGCAGAAGGUGAAAGAGCAACAUGAUCUUUGGGAUUACAGUUACCUAGAUAGUCUAAAACAUUCAAACACUGUUGUAGCUGUUGGUCCUUUAGAAUGACAUCAAGGCAAAAGCAUUACAUCAUUUUACUGAUAAUAGUCUUUUCAAUGAGGCUCGGAACUGCAGGCACAUAUUACCGAAAAUGUGGAAAGGUUAAAUAGACAACAAUGCACGAGCCAUCUUUUCUACAUGGCCCACCAUACAUGCUUCUUGUGGCAGUGUUCACGUGCAGAGGUUUUCCAGGAAUGAAUUAAAAUCCAUUAAAUCAAUGCAGUUUGUCCUCCCAUUGGAUGUUGUAGUUUCCAUGCCUGCUUUGUAAAAACAAUCAGUUUGUAGUAGCCAAAAACCUUUUGGAUCGAUGUUGACAGUCUGAGUGGUCUGUUUGCCAGCUGCUCACCAGAAAAAGCAUUCAGAAAAACCGAGCAAAUAACAAACUCAAAUUGAGGUGGAUUGUCUGCUGAUUAGAAAGCUGUGUGUGUUCAUAUUCAACUCAAGGUAAUUUUGACAAGUCCUUAGCUGGUCCAGACCUUUAGUGCAUAGGAUAAUUUACUCGCAAGCCUCUGAAUUUCAUUCCUCUUGAGUGCCUCAUGUUUGAACAUUUUCCUUUGCUGAUCGAGGGUGGGAUUCUAUUCUAUUCAUAGAGAUGUCUGCAAUAACCAAUGUGUUCUGUUGAAAUAAACUGAAGGAAUAAAUUUUAAGUACUUUAAGAUAGGAGAUCAGGAGUGGUUUUAUAUUCUCAUAAUCACAAGGAUGUUUGCUUGUGUGCUAAAUUAAAAAAUUGUGUCAGUUCUUCAAAAGUGGAUAAUAUGCAAUGUUAAAGUAUGUAAAUAAAAAUGCAUGUAUAGUAUGGUUAUAUGUUCAUGUCUAUGUCUGCAGCAUUCCAAACAUUGUGAGUGACAUACAGUGAUGUUCACCCACUUGUGCAAUGGAAAUGUGCUUGUACAAUGGGACUUCUGGUUUCUCUUCUCGUCCCCGUAGCCCCCAAAGUCUGUUCUGGAGAAUCACUCGAAGCUCCGCGCACGAAGAUGAUGGAAAUAGUCUUGCUUGUGGUGUUCCUUUUGUUAUUUGGUAAACAUAAAAAGCAUGUGUUCGGAAUGUAU